AUGCGGGAGGAGAAGAGCUGGGAAGGCGGCGCCGGUGCCUCCGAUGGGRCACCUCCGAUGGCGGCACCGUCAGCGGCAUCAAGCGGGCGGCCCGGCGGCGGUGGCGCGGAGCGAUGCGGCCGCCUGCCCCUGCUGCUGGGCUCGGGGCUGCCCGGCGCCUCGCUGCUCUCGCUGGCGCUCGGCCUCCUGCUCUGCUUCCGCACGGCGGAGCUGCAGUCGCGGCUCUCGCGCCUGGAGGCGCAGCGGGCGCCCGCCUGGCUCCCCGACGCCGCUAUUCUGGGAAGAGUCGACCAGCUGCUCGACGAGAGGCUGAAGCUCCAUGUGCCGAGACACCGGGAGGUCCGAGACGCGCACCAGCGAUGCAACUGCCCGGCAGGCCCGCCUGGGGACAAAGGCGCCAUGGGCAUCCCGGGACGGCCGGGACUCAAGGGGCAACCCGGAGAGAAGGGAGCGCCCGGAGAGGCGGGAAUGUCCGUCAUGGGGCCCCGCGGGCCGCCCGGGCAGCCCGGCACGAGAGGCUUUCCCGGCUUUCCGGGCCCUAUCGGCUUGGACGGCAAACCGGGCCAUCCCGGACAGAAGGGAGAGACGGGCGCCGCCGGCCCCCGGGGACACCCAGGACCACCAGGACAGAAAGGAGAGAAGGGCCAGUGCGCCGAGUACCCGCACAGGCUGCUGCCUCUCCUCAAUUCCGUGCGCCUGGCUCCUCCUCCGGUCAUUAAGAGACGCACGUUCCAGGGCGAGCAGGGCCAAGCGGGAAUACAAGGCCCGCCGGGACCCCCCGGCCCRCCAGGGCCCGCCGGACCCCAGGGCGCCCCAGGACAGCCCGGCCCCCCUGGCAGAGCGGGUGAAGCCGGGAGGCCCGGCAGAGACGGCGAGGGCUCGCCCGGGCCGCCCGGAGCGAAGGGAGACCCCGGGGCGCAGGGCCACCCUGGCAGGAAGGGGGAGAGAGGCCUGCCGGGGCUGCCGGGAAGACACGGCGCUAAGGGCGCUGCUGGUGUGGCUGCUGUGGGCAUGAAGGGYGAGCCGGGGACUCCAGGAGAAAAGGGAGAGCCUGGAGUCCCCGGGAGGAUGGGCCCCCCAGGUUUGCCGGGGAAGAGGGGGCAGCGGGGGGAGCCAGGAGUGCCCGGAGAGCGGGGACCCAUGGGCCCACGGGGCCCCAAAGGAGAGCCUGGGAAGGAUGAAAUGAUGGACUAUGAUGGCAACAUCAGCGAAGCUCUGCAGGAAAUACGAACUUUGGCCCUGAUGGGACCCCCAGGACUCCCAGGUGUGGCUGGGCCUCCAGGGCCACCAGGACAGAAGGGUGAAAUUGGUUUGCCGGGUCCUCCAGGCCACGACGGAGAGAAGGGACCACGAGGCAAGCCAGGAGAAACGGGUGCCCCUGGCCCUCACGGACUGCCAGGACGGGACGGACCGCCCGGGAUGAAGGGAGAACCAGGACACGUUGGAGAAAAGGGGGAGAGAGGAGAGCCAGGACAGAUCGGCUUACCGGGUCUUGAUGGCCCUUCUGGAGAGAAGGGAGAACGAGGUGACCAGGGGAUGCCAGGACCAUCAGGACUGCCAGGUCCCUCCGGACUGCCGGGACUGACAGGAGAAAAGGGAGAAGCUGGGCAGCGCGGCGAGAAAGGACAUCCCGGAGAGUCGAUACCAGGUCCCCCUGGACCCCAAGGCCCCCCAGGACCUCCAGGUCUGCAGGGCUUUCCAGGACCCAAGGGGGAAGUGGGCACGGAUGGAGUGAAAGGAGAGAAGGGUGCCCAGGGUGAAAAGGGAGACCGAGGGCCACUGGGAUUACCCGGUGCCUCGGGGUUGGACGGCAGACCCGGACCGCCGGGUACUCCAGGACCAAUUGGGGUUUCGGGACCAGCAGGACCAAAAGGGGAAAGGGGCAGUAAAGGAGACCCUGGAGYUGCAGGACCAAUGGGGCCAGCAGGGCUUCCCGGUUUACAAGGUCUACCCGGUGACAAAGGAAGCCGGGGGGAGAGGGGCAAGAAAGGCUCUAGAGGGUCUAAAGGGGAUAAGGGAGACCAAGGAGCGCCUGGAUUAGAUGCACCCUGCCCGUUGGGAGAAGACGGCCUGCCCGUUCACGGCUGCUGGAAUAAGUGACGGUUCUAACCCUGGACUGGCCUGUGUGUGUUGCUGUACAUAGAAUAUUUAUUUUUAUACGGUGUUCUUCUCCAAAGUGCCAGAAGUUACGUAUUUUUACAAAUUGCCAAGAGGCUGCAUAUUUUGGGGUUUUUUUUGUACAGAAAAUGUUAACCCUCCCCUCAUUUGUCAUUGCUCUAUGUUAUGCUUGUCCUGUCAUGCAGUACAGCUGUAAUAUUUACAUGGUAUUUGUGCACAUGCGAUGAAUAUUGGACCUCAAUAAAUUAUUGCAUUAAAAAAGG